AUGAUGCCAUCUCAACCACAGCCACUUGUUGAUGCGGUUAAUGCAGUCUUGCUAAACGGGGAAGCACAAGUUGGAUACGGUGACCGAUUGCAAACAAAUCCGAGUGCUGUUUCACCGCCCACUGGGCACUGGCCAUUAUCAUCAUCCGGUCAACCACCACCACCGCCGCCGCAGCAGCAGCAAGCAGCAGCACAAAUGCUGCCAAAUAUGGUACCAUUGGGCGGUGGCGCUGGUGUCUGUCCACCACCACCAUCGCAUGGUACCGCCACUUUAACACCACCACAGAUGGCAGCAAUUCAUUCCGCAUCCUCGUCCGGCAUCCAGCAACAGCAGCAGCAGCAACAGGUUGCACGGCAUUCGCUGAUGGAGCACACCUAUCAGCGACAUUCGCCCUAUCCACAUGCCGACGCUUCUCGAUAUUUUUUCAAGAACUUUUACAUUCAGCAGCACGUUGCAACAAGUUUACCGCCGUUUCCGGAAUCUGUUCGUGGUUCAGCAGCUGCUGACUGCGCUGGAGUGGAAGAUCUCUAUGUGAUGGAUGAUUUUUUGCCUACGCCAGUCGAAGCGAUGACGAACAGCACCUUGCCACAAAUGGAUGGUCAGUUGCCAGAAGCAGCACGCCAAGAAUUGCUAACACUCGGUGAUCGUUUUAUCGCCGAUCCAAACAUUGAACAGCUACCCGAUUCUCAAUCUGUUAUUGUUAAAUUCACAUUA